AUAUACGUCAUGGUACACCACCAGAAGCAAAGCGGGAAAUCAAUCUCUCUCUCUCUCUCUCUAUUUGCUGAAUUUGCCUCCUUUGUGGAGCUUCUUACGCUACCAAAGCACCCAACCCAAUUGCCUGAUCAGGAAUCAAUUCUUGGGCAAGAUCCUAUUUAAAAUGCCACCUUCUUUCUCUCACAUUCACAAGACCAAAUUGGGUUUUCCAAUGAACAACUUCAAUUGCAAAACCCAGAAUUCAGAAGCUCCUAUUGCUGCUGUGAUUCUUGAUUUGGAUGGUACCCUUUUGAACACAGAGCAAGCUACAAAGGGGAUUUUGGGGGAGUUUUUGGCAAGAUAUGGGAAGGUUUUGGACAGGGAGAAGGAGGAUAAGAGAUUGGGAAUGAUGCACAAUGAGUCAGCCAUUUCUAUUGUAAAGGACUAUGACCUUCCAAUCACACCUGAUUGUUAUACCCAAGAAAUUAUGCCCCUGUACCAGGAAAAAUGGGUGCAUGCAAAAGCACUCCCUGGAGCUAACCGUCUUAUUCAACAUCUCCAUAAUCGUGGAGUUCCUUUCGCACUUGCUUCGAACUCGAAGCGGAAAAACAUAGAUGCAAAAAUCUCUCACCAACAAGGUUGGAGAGAGCACUUUGCAGUAAUUCUUGGAAGUGAUCAGGUCAAUGCAGGGAAACCCUCUCCAGACCUAUUUCUGGAAGCUGCAAAGCAAAUGGGAGUAGAUCCAAUUCACUGCCUUGUGAUAGAAGAUUCCUUGGUUGGGGUUAAAGCAGCAAAGGCUGCUGGAAUGAAGGUAGUGGCUGUUCCGUCACUUCAAAAUGCAGCUGACCAAUAUUCCAAUGCAGAUUCUGUACUUCACUCACUUCUAGAACUUCAGCCCGAGUUAUGGGGUCUCCCACCAUUUGAUGACUGGGUGGAUAAGGCAUUGCUAAUAGACGAGCCCUUCUAUUUGAAGGGUUGGAAUAGCAAAGGACUCCUUUGUCUAUCUGAAGAUAGUGAAGAAUCUGCUCUUCCGGAUCAACUUUUUGGGCUGUUCUUCGGUUGGGCGAAAUUUGAUGCGCACGAGGUCUUCAAAGUUGUGGCCAGAAUUGGAUGGGACUAUGGUUGCUGCACGUGUAAGAGAAAAUUUCUCAUACAUCUACUUGACAUAAGCAAUGAGCACAUAAGUGAGCAAGAGGUGCAAAUCUUGCUUGUUGGCUAUAUUCAAGGACUGAGUAAAGAGGAAAAGAAAGCUAUUGACACCGAAAUACCUGAACAAGACAAGUCUGUCGCUCGUGUAUCAUUGGAUUUACCUGAGUUUACACAUCAUACAUCUAUGCUGCUCUUCCCUGAAGCUUGCCUUGCAGAUGACUACGCUGCCUCUGAUGAGAAGGAAUACACAUUCAGUGAUUAGAUUUGUUAUGACUUUACUGUUUCCACAGCGAUUGGAUUAGACUAUCUGAUAUGAUUGAUUUAUUGCUGGGAACAAUUAAUACCAUCUGCUGUAUCUUGUUCUUCUGUAAUGAAGUUAUGCUAUUUCCCUUAAGUGUAAGUAGGAGGAGUUCUACUUGGAAGACUUUUGGAUUAAGGUGACAAUAAUUGCGAAGAAAAGAUGAUGUUGGAUCUGUUGGUUACAUUUGAUUCA